AUGUCCACGGGUAUAGGCUCCUUCAUUGCAGGCGGCAUCGCAGGAUGCGGCGCCGUCACCGUCACGCACAGCUUCGAGACCGUCAAAAUCCGAUUACAGCUCCAGGGGGAGCUACAGUCGAAGAAGGACGCGCCCCGACUAUACCGAGGCGUCUUACACGGUGCAAGUGUGAUAUUGAAGAAUGAAGGGAUGAGGGGUCUACUACGAGGGCUGAGCUGCGGAUACAUCUACCAAAUGACCCUCAACGGCUGCCGCCUCGGUUUCUACGAGCCCCUCCGCAAAAGCCUCACCACCGCCCUCUUCAAAGAUCCCAACGUACAGUCCUUCGGCGUCAACAUCUUCUCCGGCGCCGCAUCCGGCAUCCUCGGCGCCGCGGCCGGCUCGCCCUUCUUCCUCGUAAAGACGCGGCUGCAAUCCUACUCCCCUUUCCUACCCGUCGGCACGCAGCACCACUACCGCAGCGCAUGGGACGGGCUGUCGACGAUCUACCGGAACGAAGGCGUUAAGGGGCUGUAUCGCGGCGUGGGACCGGCAAUGGUGCGGACAGGGUUUGGCAGCUCGGUGCAGCUGCCCACUUAUUUUUUCGCGAAAAGGCGGCUGGUCAAGCAUCUGGGCAUGGAGGAGGGCCCGGCGCUGCAUCUUGCGAGCAGUGCGGCUAGCGGAGUCGUGGUCUGCUGCGUCAUGCAUCCGCCGGAUACGGUCAUGUCGCGCAUGUACAACCAGACUGGGAACCUGUACAGCGGCGCGUUUGACUGCUUGUUCCGUACUAUCAAGACGGAGGGGGUGUUGGCCGUGUAUAAGGGGUUCUUCGCACACUUGGCUAGGAUAUUACCGCAUACGGUCUUGACACUUAGUCUGGCAGAACAGACAAAUAAAAUAAUGCGCCGGAUAGAGGACCGUGUCCUUUCGAAGCCUCUAAAAGAGAAACUCUGA